UAAACAGGGAUAGGCGGGUUUGUUGUGCUGUGUGCUCUGCCUAUAGGGUGCCUCACCGUCCGCCUCAUCAUGACAGCUCUCCUGGCAUUGGUUACAUAAUGCGUCAGUUCUCUCACGCUGUGGAGCGUUACAUUGUAAUUAGUGCGGCUGCGUUAAAGAAAGAUUAAUCUGUCAUUGGUGAAAAUGGCUCUGGGAUGAAGUCCUGACGCACGGAUGUAACCACCCGAAUCGCUGAAAAUACGAUUUUAGCAACAGGCCUUUCAUUGAAGGUGGCGCGGCUCAGGGUGUACAGGUGAUGGUACGGAAUAUCCUGUGAAAAAAAGAGGAUCGGAUAAGCGCCUUGGUAAACCUGCCUGUUGUUUCGUCGCUCAGCACUGCAGAGGAGAAUCACUUUGGGUCAAGAGGACAGCGCCAACGCUGAAUCAACCCUUGGCUUAGGGCAAUGUGCGACUAGAUGACUGCACACCAACAACAUCGGUAGCCUGGACAAGAUAUCACCGCAUCCUAUCUUUCUGCCCACGCACCUCGCGUUAUUACUCGGCCAGCACCAUGGGGAACCAAGGGAUGGAGGAUCUGAUCCCGCUGGUCAACAGGCUCCAAGAUGCUUUCAGUACCAUCGGACAAGCCUGCAACCUCGACCUCCCACAAAUCGCCGUGGUCGGAGGGCAGAGCGCCGGGAAGAGCUCUGUGCUCGAGAACUUCGUGGGGAAGGACUUCUUGCCUCGUGGUUCUGGGAUUGUCACCCGCCGUCCCCUUGUGCUGCAGCUCAUCAGUGCAGGAACAGAGCAUGCAGAAUUUCUCCACUGCAAAGGGAAAAAGUUCACAGAUUUUGACGAGGUGCGUCAAGAAAUCGAGGCCGAGACGGACCGUGUGACCGGAGCCAACAAGGGCAUCUCGCCAGUGCCCAUCAAUCUGAGGGUGUACUCCCCUCAUGUACUGAACUUGACUCUGAUCGACUUGCCCGGCAUCACCAAAGUGCCGGUAGGGGACCAGCCUGCAGACAUCGAGCAGCAGAUCCGGGACAUGAUCAUGCAGUUCAUCACCCGGGAGAGCUGUCUGAUCCUGGCGGUCACACCCGCCAACUCUGAUCUGGCUAACUCGGACGCCCUCAAACUGGCCAAAGAUGUCGACCCUCAGGGAUCUCGCACCAUUGGUGUGAUAACCAAACUGGAUCUAAUGGAUGAGGGCACAGACGCCAGGGAAGUGCUGGAGAACAAAUUGCUACCUUUGAGGAGGGGCUACAUUGGUGUGGUGAACCGCAGUCAGAAAGACAUAGAGGGCAAGAAGAACAUCAAGGCUGCCAUGGAAGGAGAGAGGAAGUUCUUCUUGACCCACCCAGCAUACCGACACAUGGCCAGCACCAUGGGAACGCCUCACUUGCAGAAAGUGCUCAAUCAGCAACUGACCAAUCACAUCAGAGACACGCUGCCAGCUUUCCGCAGCAAGCUGCAGACUCAACUGCUGUCUCUAGAUAAGGAGGCGGAAGAAUACCGCCACUUCCGCCCUGAUGACCCCUCUCGCAAGACCAAAGCCCUGCUGCAAAUGGUGCAGCAGUUCUCUGUGGACUUUGAGAAGCGCAUCGAGGGCUCUGGGGACCAGGUGGACACGGUGGAGCUCUCUGGUGGAGCCAAGAUCAACCGCAUCUUCCAUGAACGCUUCCCCUUUGAGCUGGUCAAGAUGGAAUGCGAUGAUAAGGAGAUGCGUCGUGAGAUCAGCUAUGCCAUUAAGAACAUUCAUGGAAUCAGGACAGGACUGUUUACCCCGGACAUGGCCUUUGAGGCCAUUGUGAAGAAGCAGAUAGUGAAACUAAAGGAGCCUUGUAUUAAGUGCAUUGAUUUGGUCAUCCAGGAGCUCAUCAACACUGUGCGCCAGUGCAGCGAUAAGUUGGACACAUUCCCAAGGCUUCGGGAGGAGACAGAGAGGAUUGUCACUACACAUAUCCGUGACAGAGAGAGCCGGGCCAAGAAUCAGGUUUUAUUGCUUAUUGACAUCCAGCUCUCUUACAUCAAUACGAAUCAUGAGGAUUUCAUCGGCUUUGCCAAUGCCCAGCAGCGGAGCAACCAGGCCAGCAACAAGAGCUCAGCAGGAAACCAGGCCUUUUCGGAAACCCAGGUCAUCCGCAAGGGCUGGCUGACUAUCAACAACAUCAGCAUCAUCAAGGGUGGUGCCAAGGAGUACUGGUUCAUCCUGACCGCAGAGAGCCUCUCCUGGUUCAAGGAUGACGAGGAGAAGGAGAAGAAGUACAUGCUGCCCCUGGAUAACCUGAAGGUGCGCGACGUGGAGAAGAGCUUCAUGUCCAGCAAGCACAUAUUCUGCAUCUUUAACACGGAGUCGAGGAACGUCUACAAGGAUAACCGCGCGUUGGAGCUGGCCUGCGACACGCAAGAGGAGGUGGACAGCUGGAAGUCGUCUCUCUUGCGUGCCGGCGUCUAUCCAGAGAAGGCUGCUGUGAGUGAGAGUGAGAGUUCCGGGCCUGCCGAAAACUUCUCAAUGGAUCCACAACUGGAGAGGAAGGUGGAGACCAUUCGUAACCUGGUGGAUUCCUACAUGGCCAUCGUCAACAAGUGCAUCCGAGACCUUAUGCCCAAGUCCACAAUGCAUCUAAUUAUAAACAACGUGAAAGACUUCAUCAAUGCGGAGCUGCUGGCUCAGCUGUACUCUGCUGGUGACCAGAACGCCCUGAUGGACGAGUCCCCCGAGCUGGCCCAGAGGAGGGAUGAGGUGCUGCGUACCCACCACGCCCUCAAGGAGGCGCUGGCCAUCAUCGGAGACAUCUCCACCACCACCAUCUCCACUCCCACGCCCCCUCCGGUGGACAGCUCCUGGCGCAGGUCCGGUGCAGGUUCCCCCCCAUCCAGUCCCACUGGACCCAGGCGGAUGUCGGCUGGACAGAGGCCUGCUCCAGGUCGGGGUGCCCCUCCGCCCCCUGGCCGCCCUGGUCCUCUGGGGCCCCUGAACAACAGCGCCGACUCCCCCCAGGUCCCCAACCGCCCCAACCGGGCACCCCCCAGCAUUCCGAGGCACCCCACAGGACAUGCGUGUUGCUCUGAACAGGGGCUGGCAGGCUCCCAGCCCCAAGCCCAGGCCCAGCCCCAGGCCCAGCCCACACAGGACAGCAGUCUGCUACAGAAUACCCCGCCAGAGACGGACACAGGACAGCUGGAGGAGUUGAAUGAAGCGCAGGAGAAGAUAAUCCCCUUGGAACCAAUCGUGCCGACAGGACACGAUGCUGCGAGGGAAGAGGAAGGGACGCAGAGUCCUGCUGAUGGCGGGAAAGAAGAGGAGGCCACAGGCACGGAGGUGAUGGUGAGGGUGGAGGAGCCCUUGCUGGAGGCUGUGUUGGCACCCGAGCCCGGGCCGGAUGCACAGCCCCCCGGACCUGACCAACAGGGCCAGCCUGAACAGCUGCAUUUCACCAUCACCGCUGACCCCGUCAUCAUCCUGCCUGCAGCCUCCAGCACAGCCACCGUUACCAGCACCCCUACCUCACUAGAGCAUGCUGACGACAGUGUUGCAGAUUCCUCGGUGGUGGACCACUCCGCUCCUCCUGCUGGAUCCACAGAUGCCGACUGUGAAGCAGUCCAUAGCCCUUCCUAUAACGAUGUGCUAACAGAUCUUUCAGCAGUGCAGGAGGACGCCAGUACGCCUGGAGGAGGUCAAGGGACCAGUGCAGAGGUGGACGGCCCACCGGGCCAGGUCAGCAAUGCAUCCACUCGCAUGCCGAAAGACAAGGCCAUGGGCACACCACUACCCAAGGAAGUGGACUCUUCGACUCCUACCAAGGACCCAGAAGACAUCCCCACCUUUGAUGAGUGGAAGAAGAAGAUGAUGGAAGUGGAGAUUGAGAAAAGUCAGACCACGCACACGUCUUCCAACGGGGCCACCCAUACAGUCAAGAAGCCACAGAAGAACUUACAGAAUAACUACGCCUCCGUCGAAUGCGGAGCCAAGAUCUUAUCAGCAAAUCCUGAAGCUAAGAGCACGUCUGCCAUUCUAAUGGAGAAUAUGGACCUGUAUAUGCUGAACCCCUGCAGUAAUAAGAUAUGGUUUGUUAUUGAGCUCUGUGAGCCCAUUCAGGUGAAGAAGCUGGACAUCGCCAACUUCGAGCUCUUCUCCUCCACCCCCAAGGACUUCCUGGUGUCCAUUAGUGACAGGUACCCAACCAAUAAGUGGGUCAAGCUGGGUACAUUCCAUGGCAAUGAUGAACGCACCGUCCAGAGCUUUCCGCUGGAUGAGCAUCUCUUUGCCAAAUACGUUAAGAUGUUCACCAAGUAUAUAAAGGUGGAACUCCUUUCCCAUUUUGGCUCGGAGCACUUCUGUCCUCUCAGCCUCAUCAGGGUAUUCGGUACCAGCAUGGUGGAGGAGUACGAAGAGAUCUCAGAUCCCUCUUUAGAGAGACCAGACCUAGAUGAUGAUGAUGAUUACCCUCCUGGUUACGGUUCAGAGGCAAAAUCCCCAAAUAACCUUAUUGGGACUGCAAAGGAUGCCAUCCUGAACAUGGUCAACAACAUCGCGGACAAAGUGCUUGGGAGCAGUCCAGAGGGCAGAGAUGGUAAUGGAACUGCACCAGCUCUGAACAUCUCAGAUUCACCUUCGGAUUCCCAGAUCUCCCCCACUGCAACUUCUGCUUCACCAACCGAGACCACAGAGGAGGUCAGCCAAUCAGAGAUCAAAGAUCUUGUCCCCACCCCCUCCACUGAGCAGGAGCCUCCUCCUACAGAGGAGAAAGCCGCUCCACCAGAGGGAGGGUUUGAAGCCCCCGAUGACGACGACGAGUCCCCUGAGGUCAACCAGAUAGUGACCCUGCUGCCAGCGGAUGACGGUGACUCUUCAGGUGGCCAAGGCGCAGAGGAUGGUGGAGUGCAGCAGGAAGCCACGUCUGAGUGGGGUGAAGAGGCACGCAUGCAAGAGAGUGGCAUCUACUGUGAGGAGCCUGUCUUGUCCUCCUCCUCCUCCUCCUCUUCCUCAUGUGUGGCUUCCCUGCAGGAGCAUCUUCAUCGGCAGUGCUCUGCUCUGUUGGCUCUGCGGCGAAGGCGGAAAAGGAUCCCUGAGUCACCUAGUGACAUGUCCCCAUCCUCCUCCUCCUCCUCCUCCUCCUCCUCAUUAUCAUCACCAUCAUCUCCAACCCUCUCAGAGGAGCAGAAUAUCUCCCCCACGUCUUCCAGCCACCAUGACGAGUCUGGGUCCACCACACCCGUCACGUCCUCCUCCCACACUCAAGGUUGGGCUCCUCCUCCUCCUCCUCCUGACGACCCUCAAUCUGUCUCGGUCGCACCCCCUGUGUCCGACCCUCUCGACCUAUCCCCCAGCAUGACGUCCACCUCCACGUCUCCCAAAGAUUUUCCCUCAGACACACCAUCCCACAAAGUCACGCCUGUCAUCGAGGUCAUUGAGCCUGCCGUCACUGGCACGCAGACCGAGCCAGACGAAAACACAGACGCUCCCUCACCCUCAUCCGGCCCCGUCUCGGUUCCCAUCGCCACCACCACCACUGCUGCCACUGUCACCGGACAGGACGCCGGCCUGGGAGAGGAAAGGACUGUCGCCACAGAGGAGGAGAAACCCGCUGCUGCUGAGCCAGAAACUUCAGCUCCUGCCCCCAGUGCUACUGUGCCUGAGCAGACCACCGCUGCACCUCCCUCCCCUCCCUCCGUCAUCGAGCCACCUACCCAGAGUGCUGAGGAACGGCUGAAUGCGGGGGAGGAGGCGCAGCCUCCAGCAACACCAGCCCUGGAGCCCAGCGAUGGGCCGCCGGCCACCGGGGGAGAGCCCAAGCUGGAGGACCUCCUGGAGGAGGCCAUCCUGGGAGGGCCGUCCUCCAACGGCCAGCCGCCUCUGGCCUCGUCCUCCUCCUCGCAGGAGAUGUUCCAGGAGAUGGUGAACGCCACGGAGGCGGCGAGCGGGGGUGGCAGCCAGGGCCACGGCUCGGGCCAGAAGGAGUCGGUGUUCAUGCGGCUCAACAACCGCAUCAAGGCGCUGGAGAUGAACAUGUCGCUCAGCGGGCGCUACCUGGAGCAGCUCAGCCAGAGGUAUCGCAGACAAAUGGAGGAGAUGCAGAAAGCUUUCAACAAGACCAUCAUCAAACUCCAAAAUACCUCCAGGAUCGCUGAGGAGCAGGACCAGAGGCAGACGGACUCUAUACUGACACUGCAGGGUCAGCUGGAGAACGUGACUCAGCUGGUGCUCAACCUGUCUGUCAGAGUCAGCCAGCUCCAGAGAGAGGUGUCAGACCGGCAGAGUUACCUGCUGCUGUGUCUGGUGCUGUGCCUGCUGUUGGGAGUGGUCCUCUUCAUCACCCACUGCCUCUCCUACGCCCCUCCCACCGCCGAGCCAGACCCCGCCCUCAUCAACAGCUACACCUACUGCUGCCCUGAGGGGGGUGGUGAAAGCUGUGCUGGUUUGCCUGACUUUCUCAGGUCUGCGGCCGCCUGUGAUGACCUGGGCCUGCGGAGGAGCGCCUCCUACCCUCUCCUCCAGCCCACCCUGCAGAUCACCACCACAGAAGGUCCAGCUGACGCUUACAAUGUUGAGACUUCCAGGAACCCACUCCUGAAUAAUAAAAAGAAGAAGCGCUGCAAAAUGAAGCAGGCCCAGAAGAAGGUGGAGACACUCCAGGCCACCGUGCUUCCCAGCAUCGCCUUACCACUGGCCAACGGUGGAACCCUGUGUGGAAGCGCCAGCCCCGGCCCUGGCAGCCGUCUCCAGCCUCCCGUCCCGCACCUGCACCGGGACUCCCUCUCCGAGGGCAGCUCGGAGGCCUCCUCGCACUCCGACGAGCCCUCCUUCUGCGGUGUGGCCACCUGCAGGCGGCUGUGCGACAACCUGCCGCCCCCGGGCCCUACGCGGGCCGAGAGGCGGGCCUACAAGCGGCGGCGGUCCAAACAGAACAGCGGCGGUGUGGUGGACCUGCUGCAGGCGCCGCGCCGGAGGAGCGACCCCGUGCUGACGCUCGGGAGAGGCCCCGCCCCCUCUCUGCAGGACUUUCUGAAAGCCAAGCCGGAGAUGAGCUCUGGGCCACACGGGCCUGUGCCCGUUUCCGCGGCGCGCUGAGGUGGGUAGACCGGUUGCGUUGCGUUGCCUGCUGCCGUGGCAGCCGUGACAUCAGCGCUCAUUCAGAAUGCACUGGAGGGAAGGCCCUGUGAGGGCCUCCGCACACCGGCUCCGACAGCACUGCGGCGCACUUUCGCCUCCGGCACAAUUCCGAGCCCCGCACACAAUUUCACCCCAACAGAGCAUGAAUAGUCAAUGGCCGGCUCCCACAAAAUAGAACUUGUCUCUAAUCGCUUGCCGACAUCCGCGAAUGUCCGCGGACAUCAGCGCCGGAGUGCGGGAUUGUGUUGACAACAAUGGAAUCGAACUUUGGCAGAGCAGUGCUCAGCACUUUGUUGGAGCCGAUGUGUGGAGGCCCUGUGAGGCCCACCUGCUGGCUUCAUGAACAGGAACAAGGCACCAAGUGGCUUUGGCUUAGAGCACUUGAAGGGCCUUUCUCAAACCCUAGGACAGUGUCCUUCCAAGUGUGUCAGCCUAAGUCACACCCAGUGUAUCAGCCUUAGUCACACCCAGUGAUUGGAUACUCUUUAUUAGUCACACCCAGUGAUUGGAUAUUGUGCAGAGUUCACCAAAGAGUAUCCAAUCACUGGGCGUGACUAAUUAGGCUGAUACACUUGGAAGGACACUGUCCUAGGUUUUGAGAAAGGCCCCAAAUGUGGCCACCACCGCUUCCUUCUGCUGCAACUAUUCUGUACCUUUGUAGUUGUAAAAAAAACAAAAAACAAAAUGCACCUUACCCGCCUGUGUACAGGUUUAGAUGUAUUGAGGGCUAAUAUUCGCAAAGCGUGUUGUUUUCUUUCCUUUUUAAAGUAAAGGACAACAAAUAAUCAGGUUUGACCUGUUGGUCUGUGGAAGUGUGUUGUAGUAGAGAACCUGUGUCAAUUUUACCAGUACAGAGUCUUGGAAUUGUUCAAGAAGCUGUUCAUAACAAAAAGCUGCGUAACAAUCAAAGACAUCAUCCUUUCCGCUCAGCAAAAUGGACUAAGUAGCUAGCUACGUAUCAGGUGUCAUUGUAGGUAUACAAUGUAGAAAAGAACAAUCACUGGGCUUUCAGUCGUUAGUUUACUGCUAUUUUCCUGUUAUUUAUUUAUUUUGCGUUUUUUGUUUUUAUCCAAUUUUGCCACAUGUGAACUUUUUCAAAUAUCCGAUUCUUCCAUGGCUUUGUAAUAAUUUUGUGAUGGUCAAUCAUCUUAUUAAAACAAGAUGUAAGACCCUG